AUGACCGGCUUCAAUCUGUCCGAGUAUCUGACCAAGUUCCAGACAACAGAUCGAGAAUCAUAUCCUCACUUGGAGGAUCCAUCCAGAGAAUUGAAUAUCAUCAUAGAUCAAUUGGCCGUUUCGCCUGAGCAAAUAGAUUCCAGUCCAGAGUCGUUAGAAGCGUUGAUAGAUCUUUGCCAUGACUUCCCACACUUAAAACCGAAAUUGCAAACUCAAUUAAGCUAUUUAAUAAGUUCGUCUCUAUCGAAUCUGUCAAAAGAUAUUAAGGCUAAUUUGUCAUCAAAUGUUAACUUUACUGAAAUCAGUGAACUGAUACCGCAAUGGAAAAGGUAUUUGGAAGAGUACGGCUACCUUAUUCAGGUGCUAUUGACAUUUUUACAAGAUGAAUUACAUAAAGUCUCAUCGCAGUCUACUAACUUAAAUCGUUCUGUCAAAAAUGGUAAGAACGAUAGUGCAAACGUUGAGCUAUUUAAAAGAGAUUGUAAUCAAAUGGAAAAUCUGCUUGAAUCUAUAAUAAAGGUACUGGAGAUUAAUUUAUCUAAAAUAUUUCAGACAACCCCCGAAAAAGAUCUGUUUAUUGGUUUGUUUACAAGACCAUUAUUUGUGUUAUUAGAAAUUGAGCCUCUGGCAAAAGUAUCGUCCAUAAAGAUGUUUAUUCAAAGGAUUUUGGCUAUGUGUGUUAAAAAUCAUGGUCAAAGUUCAAGUAUACAAAGUUCAUUGAUGACAAAUUUAACUUAUUUUCUUCAUUUGUCGGUUUUCAAUGCAGAACUACUAAAACUGUUAAAUGAUGAUUACAACUACCCUCAACUAACAGAAGAUAUCUUGAAAGAAAUUAGCACAAGGGUGUUUAAUGCAAAGGAUACUACGGGUCCAAAGGCAAUAUCAAAUUUUUUAAUAAAAUUAUCGGAACUAUCACCGGGAAUAAUGCUUCGACAGAUGAAUCUUGUUAUCACCUUACUUAACAACAGUUCCAUAACAUUGAGAUGCUCCGUUGUCGAAGCGUGUGGGAAUAUUGUGGCUGAAUUGGCUCAAGAUCCACAAACUAUGGAACAUUAUAAACAACAAAUAGCCGUACUUAUUGAAUUACUAGAAGAAAGAUUCCAGGAUUCAAAUCCCUACGUUAGAACGAAAGCAAUACAAGGAUGUUCAAAGAUCUGCGAUUUGAGUUCGAAAUUUAACAAGAGCAAAGCUAAAUUUACCGCGUUGGCAGUACGGUCCUUACAGGACCGAUCUUCUUUAGUUCGUAGAAACUCGGUAAAGCUAUUGUCGAAAUUACUGUUAAAACAUCCCUUUAAAGCUAUACACGGCAGCCAAUUGAGGCUGAGUGAAUGGGAAGAAUAUCUUAAAGUAUCUGAGUCACAAUUAAGUUCCACUUUAAAGAAAGUCGAAUCACAAGAAACUCUUGAUGACACAAUUGAAAGAUCCCUGAUUGAAGAAGAGGAAGAACAGGACGAGGAUCAAUGUAGGACGGAAUUAGAGGGCUCUUUUAAUAAUGGCACGGAACUUUCUAGAAUAGAAAAUGAGGUAGAGAGUACAAAUACAACUAAUACUAGCGUUCUCAUGAAGAUAAAAUUAAUGAUUGUUUACUACAAAGAUGCUAUUUCUUUUAUCAAAGACAUACACAAGAGUAUCGAAUUAAUAUCUAAUUUGUUGUUUUCUAAGAACAGAAAUGAAGUUUUAGAAUCAAUGGACUUUUUAGUUUUAGCAGACGCGUUUGACAUUGAAUUGAGUGAAUUUGGUAUAAAGAAAAUGUUGCAUUUGGUUUGGAUGAAGGGCACAAACGAUGAAGGGACGAGUAUAUCAGUACACUUAAUAGAAUGCUAUAAGCAACUAUUUUUAACGGCACCAGAUAGCUGUAAUAUGCAGGAGAAGACGGCACAUAUCGCCAAAAACUUGAUUAAUCUAAGUAUCGGAGCAUCUAUUGCAGAUUUGGCCUCUUUAGAACAAUUAUUAGGAAUGAUGUAUGACCAGAAAAUGAUUGAUCAACAUGUAAUUAAUAUUCUUUGGGCCAUCUACAAUUCUGCGUUGAAGACCGGCACGCAGAUUGAACCAAAUGUGAAUAAUGAACCAGGUAAGAGUAACUCCGAAAAAGGGUUUUCCAAAGAACAGAUUCAUGGUUCUAUUAUUAUUUUAGGAAUGUUGUCGUUAACCGAUAACGAAAUAGCAUUAAAAGGAUUAGAGUCACUGUUAGACAUUGGACUCGGCAGCGUUGGUAUAAAAGAUUUGACCCUUUGUCGAUAUUCUUGCUUAGCAUUGGAGAGAAUGGUCCCAAAGAAAAGCACUAUUAUCACCAAGGCAAUAAAUCAAGAGCUUGAAGAUGUUGCAGUGAAAAAGUUGUAUUCCAUGAUUAUCAACUAUACUAGGGAUAAUGAAUACUACCCUAUGUGUGAACAAGCGCUUAGUGCACUGUUUACGAUCUCCUCUAAACCUGACAUAUUGGCCACAGAUCUGAUUAGAGAAAAGACUAUGAUGACUUUUGGUAAACCAGAAGGGGAAGACUCUAUUUUGUCGUUAGAACAAUCCUCCAGAGUUGUUUCUCUCAGUCAAUUAUUGUUCAUUGUCGGACAAGUGGCGAUUAAAACACUUGUCUAUCUGGAGAAGUGUGAGGCAGAAUUUAAGAAAAGAAAGAUCGAGGCAGAAACUCGGAACGGUAAAGGAAAAAACCAAGAUGCUGAUGUAACUAACACUACACAGGAUAACGGAGGUGAUAAAGAGCUAGAAAUGAUAGGAGGUACUAAUGAGGACGAUUUUACGGACGCUAUUCAAUUUGUAAAAGAGAAUGAGUUACUAUUUGGAGAAAAAUCUAUAUUGGGGAAGUUCUGCCCUAUUGUAGAAGAGGUUGUUUCUAAUUCAAGUAGGUUUAGUGAUCCAAUGCUACAAAGAACUGCGACCUUAUGUUUAGAAAAACUAAUGUGCUUAUCCUCAAAAUACUGUGAAAAGAGGCUACCACUGUUAAUCACAGUGAUGGAAAAAUCACCCGAUCCCACUAUUCGUUCAAAUGCUGUCUUAGGAUUAGGUGACAUGGCAGUAUGUUUCAACAACUUGGUAGACGAAAACACAGAUUACUUGUAUCGUCGUUUACAUGAUGAAAAUUUAAUGGUACAAAGAACAUGUUUAAUGACUGUUACAUUCUUGAUUUUAGCUGGUCAGGUUAAGGUUAAAGGACAACUAGGAGAGAUGGCCAAAUGCUUAGACAAUCCAGACCAAGGAAUAAGUGAUAUGUGCAGAUUGUUUUUCACCGAGUUAGCUUCCAAGGACAACGCUAUUUAUAAUGGAUUUAUCGAUAUCUUUAGUAAUUUAUCGUCAGAUGAUUUAUUGGGUAAAGAGAGUUUCAAGAAAAUUAUCAAAUUUUUGCUGACCUUUAUCGAUAAGGAACGACACCAAAAGCAAUUGAACGAGAAAUUAGUUGGAAGAUUGAGAAAGUGCGAGACCCAAAAGCAAUGGGAUGAUAUUGCAUUUGUCUUGAAUAAUAUACCAUACAAAAAUGAAGAUGUCACUUCAUUAUUGGAGCAAGGCUUCAAAGUUGUAUCAGCAAAAGAAUAA